GGAACCAAAAGGAAAAAAAGAAGAGAGAGAGAGAGAGGCAGAGCGAGGGAGUACAAGAGAAGUUAGCUGAGCUCCCACAAAUCACUUUGUCACCAGCAAGCUCUGACAAGCACCAAGAGAAAGAGAGAAAGAGAGAGAGAGACAGGGAGUUAAAUAGAAGCGCAAAUAGGGGAGUCGUGUCAGAGGAGACUCAGGAGGGUAAGGUGUGAAGGAGCUGCAAAGGGCAUAAAAGGAGGCGACACCGAUGGAUGGAUAACGGGACUCUCAGAACAACGUGAGGGACUGGAUCGCUGCUGCUGCUCCUGUGGAUGGUAUACGCUCAGUGAAAGAGAAGAGAGGGCCUACUUGACAUCACGUCCAUGUGCCGGGCAGCCCUGCGUGAUCGGUGAAGAAACCUUGUGUCAAGGAGGACAGGAAGCAGUGUCUGCUGAAACACCCCAGACUCCGAUAUUAAGUACCUUGAGCUCUGCCAGAACCACUCUUUUUAUUAUUAUUAUUAUAUUUCCCUUCACAUUCGCUCUGCUGCUCUCCGAGGACAUGUAAAAAGGAGACACGUGGAUGAUUAAAAUACUCUGCUCCAAGUGAGACGGGAUUCGGAGGGGUUGGUGGAUUGUGGACUCGUUGAGGGUCUCCUGAGUCUUUGGGUGUUGGUGUCUGUGUGCGCCUUUGGCCAGGCUGGGGCUCUGUUCGACUUUGACAGCGUCACUCCGGGCCUCAUUUCAGCGUCUGGGACGUCAUCGCGUUACCUGUGCGGCUGAGUCACUAGACGUCUGUCCGCCUACUGGGAGAUUCUCUCCAUCCUUCCACUCAAAGGAGACACAAGUGUUUCCAGCAGCAGCGACAAAGGUGGCACCAGUAGUCCUGAACUCUCUGGACUUUCCACACUGCUUUAUUUGUUCUGCUGGUGAGAGAGAUCACACCUCCCUAAGCGCACCCCCCCCCCCCCCCCCCACACACUCACACACACACACACACACACACACACACACACACACACACACACACACACACGCACACACCUUCCAGGCGAGAGAAAAAGGUGAGGGAGGAUCCGCUGAGAACCAGAGUGUGCAAGCAGUCGCAGACGGUCGGGUCGGCACCAUGAAGCUGGCAUUCUUGGCACUCGUGGCCGUGUACGCGGUGGGCAAUGUGAGCGGCAUGUCCACGUGUAAGACGCUGGACCUGGAGAUGGUGAAGAAGAAGCGCAUCGAGGCCAUCAGGAGUCAGAUCCUCAGCAAACUGCGCUUGCCGAAAGAGCCCGAACCGGAUCAGACGGGAGACGAGGAGGAGAUCCCGACCACCCUGCUGUCCCUGUACAACAGCACCAAGGAGAUGCUGAGGGAGCAGCAGACCGAGGUCCUGACGGACAUCUCCACGGAGCAGGAGGAGGAGGAGUACUUCGCCAAGGUGCUGCACAAGUUCAACAUGACCGCGAGAAACGACACAGGGACCACCAAGUCCUCCAAAAGAAUCCCGAUGUUCUUCAACAUCUCGAAGAUACGGGAAAGUGUGGGGGACUACCGCCUGCUGACCAGCGCCGAGCUGCGGAUGCUCAUCAAGCAAACCACGAUAGCGUCUGAGCAGCGGGUGGAGCUGUACCAGGGUCUGGGAGCGUCGCCCCGCUACCUCGCUUCCCGCUUCGUCACCAACCAGUGGAAAGACAAAUGGCUGUCCUUCGAUGUCACUGAGACCCUGCAGAACUGGCUCAAAGGGACCGAGGAUGAGCAGGGUUUCCAACUUCGGCUGUUCUGUGAAUGCGGCCAGUCAGGUGUCGACAGUAGCUUCAGCUUUACCAUCUCUGGCAUCGAGACUGGUAGGGGAGACACAGGAAUGUUACAAAUGAUGACAAAGCAACCACCCUACAUCCUGACCAUGUCCAUCCCUCAGAACAGCAGCAGCCACCUCACCUCACGCAAAAAACGCUCCACGGAGACAACGGACACCUGCACAGCCCAGACGGAGACCUGCUGCGUACGGAGCUUGUACAUCGACUUCAGGAAAGACCUGGGCUGGAAGUGGAUACAUAAGCCCACGGGCUACAAUGCCAAUUACUGCAUGGGGUCCUGCACCUACAUCUGGAAUGCUGAAAACAAAUAUUCUCAGAUUUUGGCCCUGUACAAGCAUCACAACCCGGGAGCCUCUGCCCAGCCUUGCUGUGUUCCCCAGACACUGGAGCCUCUGCCGAUCCUCUACUACGUGGGCAGGCAACACAAGGUGGAGCAGCUGUCCAAUAUGAUCGUGAAGUCCUGCAAGUGUAGCUAAAAAUAAGGCACGGCACACUGCUCCUCCCGCCUGCUCCAACGCGCAGAGAGAGCACGGGGGGAGGGGAGCAUGUGACGGAGGCAAAGGGGAAGCGAAUGAUGUGGAACAAAAGAAAAGUCAUCGGGAUCUUUGCGGUCACCACCAUUCUACCUUUAUCACACUGUGGACUUCUUCAUAUAGAUAUUAAAGAUAUCAUGUUCUAUGUGUAUAUACUUUCCCCUUGCAGUAGGACACAUAUCUGUCUCGAAAUGAAUUCAUUUAUUUGUUGGAGGGACAGAUCUGUAAAGAAGUGUAUAUACGUGUGUUAGUUUAACAUGAGAAAGGAUUAAAAGGAAUGUGAUUUCCCCCCCCCCCCCCCACCCACCCAACAAAAAAAUAAAAGGUGGAUAAAAGAUGCCAAAGGACAUGAGGACCAAAAUGACCUUGAUGGAAGAAAACUUUCGUUUUCACACAUGAUUGUCUUGGACUUUUGUUAUUUCCAUAUCAUCUACAUAAUGAGGUCCCAGUUAAAGGACCCAAAGGGUCCCAAAUAUGGAAAACAGUGGCGGUUAUGUUUUUUUUUCCUGGAUCGAUAACGCCACAGGUGUUUUUGGCGAGGACAGCAGAUGGCCUCGGGGAAAGUCCGACCUGAGGAAACUCCCUCUGACUGAGACGCUGGAGCUGUCAGACAACUGAGCGGCGCUUCACACGAACCGCUUUACUCUUUGUUUGUUUUUUCAACCCACGUGAUUUAUACGCUGCUUUGUUUUGUUCUCAUAACUGUUAUGCCAGUGUGUCCUUAUGAAGCCUCCCAUGCUGUCAAAGAGCAUGAGUAAUAUCAAGGGAUGUGAGAAUGAUGACACCGUGUUUUUUUCCCUUCCCUCUCAGGUUUUACAGCCAGCUUGUUGUCUCCAGAGGGUGAGGGUCAGGGGAUGUGGCUGUGGUGUCGGUUUUAGGGAAGCCGUUGAGACUCAAUACAGACAUUUGCUUGUUUUUUCAUAGUAAAAGUAACUCUUUUUUUUUUCUACUCAUCUGAAAAUACAUUUUGCACGACUCAAGAAACAACCCAAAACAUUAUAGUGCACUUACCAUUUGAAAUUUGCAUUUGUACAUAUUUUAACAAUUUGAAAUAAACGUUGAUGUUAAAUUAUCA